AUGAAGACCGAGGGAUGGACUCGGAUUCUACACACCCUGGCCCUGAUUUCCCGUCAUGUUGGAGAGGAGGCCAUCGAGCGUGUCUCCACGCCGGUCAACCUGACAGUUCUGCCCGAUGGAGGGAAUCAAUCGAGCCCGCAUUUGUGGGGGAUUAUGUUUGAGGAAAUGGACCAUUCAGGCGACGGCGGAAUCCACGGCAAUCUCCUGCAGAACAACGGCUUCCAGGGCUCAGACACCGGUCUGACAGGAUACAAGUCCAUUGGCAACACGCACAUCUCCGAGUCCGACACCCCCCUGAGCGACGCGAUCACAUCGACCCUCGCGGUAUCCGUGCGCAGCGACGCGACCGGCUUCGUCGGAUUCGCAAACACAGGGUACAAGGGCGUGCCUGUGCUCAACGCGACUUACUCAAGCACUUUCUGGAUGAAGGGCGAGUACUCGGGCACGGUGAUGCUGCGGCUGGUCAAUUCCGAGGAUGGGACUGUGUACGCGAGCCAUAAUGUCACGGUGGACAAGUCGAGGCAGAAGUUCGAGGAGUACCAUGCUACCUUUGAGGCGGAUGCGUCGCCUGUCGGUGAUAACGAGUGGCAGCUGCUGGUUGAUUCGGAGAAGGCAAAGGGGCAUAUCUUGAGGUUUGGCCUUGUGCAGCUGUUCCCGCCGACUUGGAAUGAUAGGGCGAAUGGCUUGAGAGCGGAUCUCAUACAGCCUGUUUACGAUCUUCAGCCGAAGUUUCUGCGCUUCCCUGGGGGGAAUAACAUAGAGGGAAUCGACGUUGACAGCCGGUGGAAAUGGAAUGAGACUAUCGGGCCAGUAGUCAAUCGACCAGGACGAGACACCCCCUGGCACUAUCCCAACACGGACGCCCUUGGCCUGGACGAAUACCUCUGGUGGUGCGAAGACAUGAACAUGACCGCCGUCCUCACCGUCUGGGACGGCAAGUCCUACGACGAAAUCCUCUCCGGAGCCGACCUGCACCCGUUCCUGGAUGACAUUCUAGACGAGCUGGAGUACCUCCUCGGCCCAAGCAACAGCACGUACGGCUCCCUACGCUCCAAAAACGGCCGCGAGGAGCCCUGGCCCGUGCAGUAUAUCGAAAUCGGCAACGAGGACGACUACACCGGCGGCUGCGACACGUACCCUGACCGACUAACCCAGAUCUACAACACAAUCCACGACGCAUACCCACACCUCACCUUAAUCGUCGACAACAUGGACCCCAACUGUCUCCCCGCAGAACCGCUGCCCGAUGUCAUGUACGACUACCACUACUACCGCCAGCCGGACACACUCGUGGAUAUGUUCAAUUACUGGGAUAACCAGCCGCGCGACCAGCCUGUGAUUGUGGGGGAGUUUGGGUGCAGGAAUUAUACGGAUCCCGAUGGGCUGUUUUGGACGUUUGUGAAGGGGAGUUGCUCUGAGGCGGUGCAUAUGAUUGGGAUGGAGAGGAAUAGUGAUGCCGUCCUGAUGGCGGCUUAUGCGCCCUUGUUGCAGCAUUUUGGGUAUAUGCAGUGGUCGCCAACCCUCUUCGGCUUCGACUCGUCCCCCAACUCCCUAGUUCUCUCGACCUCAUACUACGUGCAGAAGAUGUUCGCCACAAACCACGGAACAAAAACGCACCCGAUCAAAUCCGACUCCGACUUCGGGCCUAUCUACUGGGUUGCCUCCAGCAAUGACACGCACUACCAGAUCAAGCUCGCCAACUACAACCCCGAGAACCAUACGGUGAAUGUGCAGGUUCCCGGCGCGAAGAAGGAGACGGGCUCGCUGGAGAUGCUGGCGGGCGAGGAGAACGCGAGUAAUCAGCCGCAUAGUAUUGUUGUUACGCCGACGGUGCAUGAGAUUAGGAAUGGCUCGGAGGGGUUUACGGUGCAGAUGCCCCCGUAUGGAGUGGCGGUUUUGGUUGUUUCUUAG